GGCUACAUAAGUGGAGCUGUGACCCGAUUCCUCAGGUCACAGCCAGUUGAAAUAAUCAGCAAUGACCCAAACUCCUCACAGACAUCUCCAGAUGACAGCAGGCCUCCUGAUCCCCUUGCUCAGGCCGACACUAGUGGAGGGGAUGCUGACCCGCAUCUUUCCCUUGCAAUAGUCUCUCAGCAUCGCUCAUCUCCAACAGUUGCUUUUUGGGAAAACUGUGCCACAGAUGCGAACGUGAGACCAGUUGAAGAGAACAAGUAUUUAAGGAGAGGAAGUGAGAGUAAAGAGAAUGAGGACAACCAGGGUAGGAGAGAGGAACAGGAUGGUCAGGUAGGAAAUGAUGGUGAUGCUGGACUGCCUCUUGGUGCAAAAAUCGACCCAACUGGACAAGGAGGAAUACCUGAGAGUAAUAAUCAUGAGAAUGCUGAGUCAGGAAGUCUCAUGGAUGAUGCUCCACAGAAAGGCUUGAUUGAGGAAAGUAAUGGAGAAUGUGUCACUGAAAGUGAGUCUGUGAGUGUAGCCACUCUGGAUGAUCAUCAAAAAGUGGAUGACACCAUGACAGAAAUCCAAGUGACAGACGAUGAUGGAGAGAAAGAUGAGGAAAUAUUAGAAGCAGAGGGCAGUGAGGUAAAACUAUGCACAAACUCGGGUUUCAGUCCAGAAAGGUUAAUCAAAGAGGAAGCAGGAAUUCAGAGGGGCAAUACAGUUCAAAUAACACAAGAAGAAGCAGAAGAUUGUGAAGCUGUGCUGGAGCUGCUCUCUGAACACAAAAACAAGUCAGAGGAAGAAACAAAAGCCAUUGAAAAUGAGCUUUUAGUCUGUGACAAGUUGUCAGAUAUGUCAAAGGAGGAGCUAAUCAUGACUGAACAAGCACUCAGAGAUGCAAAUGAUCAUGUUGAAAAUCUGAGAGCUCAGGUUGACAUCGCUGAGGCUACAAACUACCCAGCUACAUGUGAGCAGGACAGAUACAGCAAAGCAGUAACAGAAGGCCAACAAGAGGAAAACAUUCUAACUCAGCUAAUCAUAUGCAGUGAAGAAGCUGUGGAGAGUACAGGGCUGCAUACAUCUGAAUUCUCAGAUACAGAAGAGGAUGUGGUGGUCACAGACAUGCAAACCACCACAGAGUUUGAUGUAGAAGAAAUUUCAGAUAAUGAAAACAGUGUUGCAGAUCAAGUUGAAGAGGAGGGGCUCUCCAGUGAAGUUCACAACAAAGGCGACUCUUUGGAAAAAAACACAUCAGUUACAGUAAAUCCCAAAGGCGAGACUGAGGAAAUAGGCAGAGAGUUUAAAAAUAUUCCACUGCCAUUAAUUGAAGGCCAGCUACCUUUAUCACAGGAGCUAAAUCCUCAAGUAUGUGUGGAAACACAAGGGGGAGUUCCUGAACACAACAAUGAACUCGGGCCACAUGAAAACACAACACAAUGGUUCCUGGUGGCAGGAAAUUGUGAGGAAAUCCACAUCACUCAGUUACCAGAAGAGGUGGAGGACCAAGACCAGGAGAGCCUUAAAAACAGCAACACAGGAGCUGACCAUUUACUGGGGAGGCAGAGCUGGGAGGAGAGACGACACGGCACAGAAGAAAGAAACUUCAGCUUUGAUUUAACUGAGGAGAAUCAGGGAGGAAAGGAGCACCUUGCACAGGAAAUUGAGGAGCCAAGUGUUGCAGCAGAAAUUCAGGAGCCAGAAAGUUCAUAUUCUGAGGAGGUCACAUUACUUGAACACUCAAUGAAGACGGAGAUCAAGCACUCAGACAAGGAAUUUGAGACACGUGAUGAAUCAGCAGAAGAGGCUGAUAAGGUGGCAGGAGAUGGCCAAGAUGGGACUGAAGUGGCUGAAUUUAGAAAGGAGGAAGACUCCACAGUAACCGCUGGAGAUGGCAAUGAGCCAAGCAGAAAUGUUGCAGUGGAUGAGGGGGUCCUGAUUACUGAUGGAACUCUAAACUUCUCUGAGGCGCAAAUGGAAAGGAUGACAGAGACAAGCCUCUGUCUGGAGUCAGUGCAUGCCACAUCUAGUCUGCCAGAUAAAAUUACCGAAUGUGAACAGUCAGCUGAGACUGAGGCUAAACUAGUUGAGGAUCACACUGUUCAAAUUCAAGAUGUAGGGAUAGAUAGUGAGGAUUAUGCAUAUAAGGAGGUAGAAGACGAUCAAAUGGACGACAGAAAUGAGGGCAUGCCUGUGCAAACAGCUGGAGAAGCAGCCAAGUUUAUCACUGGUGGGAUCGAAUUAUCUAAACACUCUGAGACACAAGAAACAACGAAUCAAUGCCCAGACAGAGCUUUUGAGAUCACGACAGAGAUAAAGAUGAGUACAGAUGAUUAUGUGGCGAAUAUAAAAGAUUCUCCUGUGAUAUCAGCAGAGGAAAGUGGAAAGCGUAGGACUCAAUCAGUAGAAAGUUACGCAGAAGACACAAGCAGCUCAACGAGAGAACGUCUGGAUGUGAUUGAUGAAGACAUCCUUGACCUGUGGAUAGAAACAGCUAUGUCAGAUGACACUCGGGAAGUGGAACAACAAGAGGGGUCUGAGCCAGAACCGGAGAAGGACACAACAGUAGACCUGUUGAAGAAAGAAGCAGGACAAGUAUCGCAAGAGGAUACGCUCAUGGAGUCCAACUCAGGAGAAUCUGAGCUAGUAAGUGAUGGGGAAACAUCUUCAUUGGCUUUAGAGUCUGGAUACAUGGAGCAGUCUUUCAGUGAGGCUGACCUUUUGAAAUCAACAAGCUGUGGCUCACUUGAUGGCAUGCAUGACAUGGUAACUAUGUCAGAACCAGCCACUUUUUCUGCAUUUUCUGCACCAAACUCCAAAUCUCAGGAGGCUCCAAUGGAGGUGACGGCUGAAACGGUUCAUUCUCAUUUUAGAGAAAAGGGAGAAAUCAGUCAAAGCAAACCUUACCCUGAUUCAGGUCUUUCAUCACCACAAGCCAGUCAUUUAAAUCAAGAAUUUGAUCAUUAUCAAUUCAAACCAAAUGAUGAAUCAGAACAGACAAAGACAGUGAUAACAGCCUGGAAGGGCACUGAGGGAGCAGAUGAUGGGAGACUGGUAAAAUCAAGUCCUCUUUUCCAAUUCAGGCAAACCAAAGAUGAUGAUGAGUCUAUUGAAAUAAUCAUCUCCAGCUCCUCAGAUGAAAUCAAACUCAUUGAAUCAGAACGUUCUACAGCUAACUCAGAGGGCAAAGGUGUGAAUUCUGAUGCUUUUUCAUUGCAGGUGGGCAGCCCUGUGCUGGACUUCACAAUGCAAAAGUCGCGCAUUGCUGUUAAAAGCCCUCAUGUCCGGCCACCCACAAAUCCCCGCUCCCUUCUACAAAAGCCCUCAAUGGAUCCCACACCCUCAUCACAUGUGCCAGCCAAAGGGCCUGCAGGUGUUCCGUUAGGAGGCUUAGGGAUUGGAAUAAAACUGCCUGGACUCGGUGCAGGUUUUCCUGUUUUAAAGAAAACACAGAGGCUUGUGAGAGGUGAAGAUAGCAACCAAACCCAUUCACAGGUUUACUUACUUCUCCAUCCAUCGCCUUAA